AUGCUCGAGUCGGCCAAAAACGGGGGGAACCCCUUGAAGGUUGAACUCCGGGGCAAUCCUAAAAACUCCUCCACCCCGAUUGUGGUUCUCAGCAGUGGCGUCUUUGCCCCAGCUACCCCGAACGGGCAAGCCACUACAAAUGCGGAGGGGAUCACGACUGUUUUAUCACAGCUGCCCAUUGAUGUAUCCUCCGCAUUUUGCUUUCAAGACGCCGGUAUCUCCGCCCCCAAGACCAAUCUCGUCGUGUCCCCCGCCGCCGCGCUGGUAUCUCCUUCAGCCCAACGCGUCUUUGAUAUCCGGCAGCAGAGAAAGUACAAGAUUGGCUUCUUUAGCAUGGUUGGCAUGGACUGGGAUGUCCACUCCACCAAUGUGUUAGAUGAUCUACCUAAGGAGCACAAGCAGUUUCUUGUGCUGAGGACAGAGUACAGGGUUGAUCUUGUGGUUGCCGUGACGAAUAUGAGACUGGCGGAGGACCUCCUUCUCAGUGGUGCGACGCAGGAAAAGGGGCUCGAGAGGGUGGAUUUUAUCUUUGGAGGUUAUGACCGUGAGGCCGUGGGGACUUUUUACCCUGAGAUUGUGAUGCAGUCCCAGCACAGCGAGGGGGAAAGCAAGGGUAAGGUGGGCAGUGGUCGAUACGAGGUCACCAGUCCAGAUAUCAAGGGUCGUCAAAAACGGCGCGGCGUGGGAAGGGUUGAGUGUGGUGGAGAUGUGGCUGUGUUGCUUGAACGCUACCCACCUUUUGCAUCUCUUUCUCCCUCGGUCCGCAUGCUCAAGACAAUUGACACUGUCACUCCUGACCUCGCCAGCUUGACCACCCAGCCCCUUUUCGUCUCUCGCUCCAGGAUCAACGCUAAAGAGGCAGCUGUCCGGCAUUCUGAGACAAAGGUUGGCAAUUUCAUUGCCGAUUCCAUGAUGGCCUACUACGACGCUGACAUAGUCCUGUUCCCGUCUGGUGCCAUAAGAUGUGACCGGAUUCUUGGAUCCGCAUCUGAGGAGCAGCGACAGUUCGAAGUGAUCGGGGCUGACAUCAUUGAUUGCUUGCUGUUCCAGAACCAGCUUGUAUUGAAGCUGAUCACCGCGAAGGCGAUGAGAGCUGCGUUGGAGAACUUCGUGCCCGAGAGGCACGCCGAUGGCCGCUUUCUUCAGAUAGGAGGCUUGAGGGUGAAUGCCUCACUGGCGAGGCCCGAAGGGGACAGAAUUGUCUUUGCGAAAUGGGUUCUCCAAGAGCAUGUCAAUGGCACGCGGAUUGAAGAGCAUAUUCGUGAAGAGAAAAAUUACGCCGUUGCCAUGACUGAGUGGUUGGCCAACGGCUGGGGAGGUUUCUCUAUGCUCCGCAAGGGACAAUUAUUGCGAGAGGGUGAAGCGCAAGGCAUGACCGACACCGACCUCUUUUUCAAGGCUUUUGGGGAGUGGUCAGACAUCGACAACGCGUUUAUUUCCAUGGCCACCGGGAACAGAAAGAAGAAGCAGGCCCCGGUGGCUGUGGAAAAGUACCUGAACAAUCCGUAUCUGAGCAGUCGGAACCUCCGGUCUUUGGGCCGUCAGGUAUAAGAUGGUGCUUGGCAAACACGAUGAAAAGGGGGUCCCCAUUGUCUCACCAAAAGUUGAUGGAAGAAUCCAUUUCCACAAAGACCUGAAAAUCUCGAGAAAUUCGCACAGAGAGGGGGUCCUAGAUAGAUAGGCGGGUCGGCACAACCCUAG